AUGGCAGCGCUGGUGACAGCCUGGGGCUGGAAGGUGGCGGUCCUGGCCUUCACCCUAGCCAGCAGGAAGACCAAGAAGAAGGAAGGGGGGGCCCUGCGGGCCCAGAGGGCAUCAUCCAAUGUCUUCUCCAGCUUUGAGCAGGCCCAGAUCCAGGAGUUCAAGGAGGCGUUCACGCUCAUAGACCAGAACCGAGACGGCUUCGUUGACAAGGAGGACCUGAAGGACACCUACGCCUCCCUGGGCAAAACCAACGUCAAGGACGAGGAGCUGGACGCCAUGCUCAAGGAGGCCUCGGGGCCCAUCAACUUCACCAUGUUCCUCAGCAUGUUUGCGGAGAAGCUAAGCGGCACGGAUGCCGAGGAGACCAUCCACAACGCAUUCAAGAUGCUGGACUCCGACGGCAAAGGCAGCAUCAACAAGGACUACAUCAGGCAGCUGCUCAUGUCCCAGGCCGACAAGAUGACUGCUGAGGAGGUUGACCAGAUGUUCCAGUUCUCCACCAUCGACGCUGCAGGCAACCUGGAUUACAAGGCGCUGAGCUACGUGCUCACCCACGGGAAGGAGGAGGAGUGAGGGGCACCCCCACCCCCUGGGCUGUGGCCAGUUCAGUAAACGU